GCAAAGCAGGUCCAAGAGCAGAGCAAGUGCUGGGGACCGUGCAGGGACCCCCGGGGUGAGGGUAGGGCUGAGUUGCCCCCAGGCCCCCGCGCCCUCACCCUUCUGCCUCACGCCUACCGCUGUGCGCUCCGCACAUGGUCAGAUUCUGCCGAGUCCCCGCGAAGACUCCUGCUCCACCUCCUCCUCCUGGUCCCUCCUCUUCCCGUCGCUCCUCCUUUCAGUCCGGCCUCCCGCGACCCGCCCCCGCCCGCGACCUACACGUCUGGACAGCCUCCGCCUCCCGCACGGCUAGCACGCCCGCGCCUCGACUCGGACCCGCGCCGGGACCCAGCCCCGCUCCCGGACCCAGCCCCGCGCCCAGCCCCGCGCCGUCCGCCUCCUUGCUCAGCCCCGCCUCGCAGCCGGCGCGCUCGGUAGUCACACCCGCCGCGGAGCAGCGGGGAGCAGCCGGGAGCAGCGGGGAGCAGUCGGCGGGGAGCCGCAGGGCGAUGAGCCCCUCGGGGACCGCGGGGGCCGCACUCCUGCUACAGCUGCUGCUGCUGAUCGUGCGCUGCCCCGGGAGCCCGGCGCUGGAGGAGAAGAGAGUAUGCCAAGGCACAAGUAAUAAGCUCACCCAGCUGGGCACCUAUGAAGACCAUUUCCUGAGCCUACAGAGGAUGUUCAACAACUGUGAGGUGGUCCUGGGGAACCUGGAGAUCACCUACAUGCAAAGGAACUAUGACCUCUCCUUCCUCAAGACCAUCCAGGAAGUGGCUGGCUACGUGCUCAUCGCACUCAACACGGUGGAGAAGAUCCCUCUGGAGAACCUGCAGAUCAUCCGCGGCAACGUGCUAUACGAGAACACCCACGCCUUGUCUGUACUGUCCAACUACUAUGGCGGCAACAAGACUGGGCUGAGGGAGCUGCCCCUGCGGAACCUACAGGAGAUCCUCCAGGGGGCCGUGCGGUUCAGCAACAACCCUGCCCUAUGUAACGUGGACUCCGUUCGCUGGGACGACAUCGUCCACAGUGACUUCCAGAGCAACAUGUCCAUCGACUUCCAGAAUCAGCUGGGCAACUGCCAGAAGUGUGAUCCCAGCUGUCCCAAUGGCAGCUGCUGGGGCCCAGGAAAGGAGAACUGUCAGCAAUUGACCAAGGUCAUCUGUGCCCAGCAGUGUUCGGGGCGCUGCCGCGGCAAAUCUCCCAGCGACUGCUGCCACAACCAGUGUGCUGCAGGUUGCACUGGCCCCCGUGAGAGUGAUUGCCUGGUCUGCCGCAAGUUCCGGGACGAAGCCACGUGCAAGGACACCUGCCCACCGCUCAUGCUCUACAACCCCACCACCUACCAGAUGGAUGUCAACCCAGAGGGGAAGUACAGCUUUGGUGCCACCUGUGUGAAGAAGUGUCCCCGGAACUAUGUGGUAACUGACCAUGGCUCCUGUGUUCGUGCCUGCAGCUCUGACAGCUAUGAGGUGGAGGAGGACGGAGUCCGAAAGUGUAAAAAGUGUGAUGGACCUUGUCGCAAAGUGUGUAAUGGAAUAGGAAUUGGUGAAUUUAAAGACGCACUCUCCAUAAAUGCCACAAACAUUAAGCACUUCAGAAACUGCACCACAAUCAGUGGAGAUCUUCACAUCCUGCCAGUGGCAUUUAAGGGUGACUCCUUCACACGCACUCCUCCUUUGGAUCCGAAUGAAUUAGACAUUCUGAAAACUGUAAAGGAAAUCACAGGGUUUCUGCUGAUUCAAGCCUGGCCAAAAAACAGGACGGACCUCCAUGCUUUUGAGAACCUGGAAAUCAUACGUGGCAGAACAAAACAACAUGGUCAGUUUUCUCUUGCGGUUGUCGGCCUGGACAUAAAGUCCUUGGGACUGCGUUCCCUCAAGGAGAUCAGCGAUGGGGACGUGGUAGUGUCAGGAAACCGAAACCUGUGCUAUGCAAAUACCAUAAACUGGAAAAGACUGUUUGGGACCUCAAGUCAGAAAGUCAAAAUUAUGAACAACAAGCGUAUAAUUGACUGUGAGACCAUGGGCCAUGUGUGUGACCCGCUGUGCUCACCAGAGGGAUGCUGGGGCCCUGAGCCCAGGGACUGUGUCUCCUGCCAGAACGUGAGCCGUGGCAGGGAAUGUGUGCAGUCCUGCAACGUGCUGGAGGGAGAGCCCAGGGAGUUUGUGGACAACUCUGAGUGCAUCCAGUGCCACCCUGAGUGUCUGCCCCAGGUCAUGAACAUCACCUGCACGGGACAGGGAUCUGACAGCUGUGUGAAGUGUGCCCACUUUGUGGAUGGCCCGCAUUGUGUCAGGACCUGCCCUUCAGGCAUCAUGGGUGAGAAUAACACCCUCGUCUGGAAGUUUGCAGAUGCCAACCGGGUGUGUCACCUCUGCCACGUCAACUGCACCUAUGGCUGUUCUGGGCCUGGUCUGGAAGGCUGUUCCAGGAAUGGGCCCAAGAUCCCAUCCAUUGCCACCGGGAUAGUGGGGGGCCUCCUGCUGCUGGUGGUGGUAGCCCUGGGGAUCGGCCUGUUUCUGCGAAGACGGCACAUCGUCCGGAAGCGCACUCUGAGGAGACUGCUGCAGGAGAGAGAGCUUGUGGAACCCCUGACACCCAGCGGAGAAGCACCCAACCAAGCUCUCUUGAGGAUCUUGAAGGAAACAGAAUUCAAGAAGAUCAAGGUCCUGGGGUCUGGGGCAUUCGGCACAGUGUACAAGGGACUCUGGAUCCCAGAAGGCGAGAAGGUGAAAAUUCCUGUGGCUAUCAAGGAAUUAAGAGAAGCCACAUCUCCGAAAGCCAACAAAGAAAUUCUCGAUGAGGCCUAUGUGAUGGCCAGUGUGGACAACCCCCAUGUAUGCCGCCUGCUGGGCAUCUGCUUGACAUCCACCGUCCAGCUGGUCACCCAGCUCAUGCCCUUUGGCUGCCUGCUGGACUAUGUCCGUGAGCACAAGGACAACAUCGGCUCUCAGCAUCUGCUUAACUGGUGUGUGCAGAUCGCCAAGGGCAUGAACUACCUGGAGGACCGACGCUUGGUGCACCGCGACCUGGCAGCAAGGAACGUCCUGGUGAAGACCCCCCAGCACGUUAAGAUCACAGACUUCGGCCUGGCUAAGCUGCUGGGUGCUGAGGAGAAGGAGUACCAUGCAGAGGGUGGCAAGGUGCCUAUCAAGUGGAUGGCCUUGGAAUCAAUUUUACACCGGAUUUACACCCACCAAAGUGAUGUGUGGAGCUAUGGAGUCACUGUUUGGGAGCUGAUGACCUUUGGGUCCAAGCCUUACAACGAGAUUCCUGCAAGUGAGAUCUCCACCAUCCUGGAGAAGGGGGAGCGCCUCCCACAGCCGCCCAUCUGCACCAUUGACGUCUACAUGAUCAUGGUCAAAUGCUGGAUGAUAGAUGCUGACAGUCGCCCAAAGUUCCGUGAGCUGAUCAUUGAAUUCACCAAGAUGGCCCGAGACCCCCAGCGCUAUCUUGUCAUCCAGGAUGACGAGAGGAUGCACCUGCCUAGCCCCACUGACUCCAAUUUUUACCGUGCCCUGAUGGAUGAAGAGGACAUGGAUGAUGUGGUGGAUGCAGACGAAUACCUGAUCCCACAGCAGGGCUUCUUCCACAGCCCCUCCACCUCCCGGACACCCCUCCUGAGCUCCCUGAGUGCGACCAGCAACAACUCUACUGUGGCUUGCAUUGAUAGGAACGGGCUAAGCUGCCCCAUCAAGGAAGACAGCUUCCUGCAGCGCUACAGCUCAGACCCCACUGGCGCUACACCUGAGGAAAACUUGGACGACUCAUUCCUGCCUGCACCCGAAUACGUCAACCAGUGCAUUCCCAAACGGCCUGCAGGCUCUGUCCAGAACCCUGUCUACCACAACCAGCCUCUGCAUCCGACUGCUGGCAGAGACCCUCACUACCAGAACCCCCACAGCACCGCAGUGGACAACCCUGAGUAUCUCAACACCUCCUGCCCCACCCAUGCCCACAGCAAGUUGGACGUGCCUGACUCCUGGGCUCAGAUGGGCGGCCACCAGAUCAGCUUGGACAACCCUGACUACCAGCAAGACUUCUUCCCCAAGGAAGCCAAGCUUAAUGGAGUCUUCAAGGGCCCUUCCGCUGAAAAUGCAGAAUACCUGAGGGUAGCAUCACCCAGCAGUGAGUUCAUUGGUGCAUGACCAGGGAGGAUAGCACCAGCCACAGAAACCCCAGCUGCUCAUCCCCCGUGACCCCAGCCAUGGCAGCUGUGCCAGUCCUGACUGCCACGCCCAUGGUAACUCUUGGAUGGUGGACUGGUUUUGCCAUACUAGCUCUGACCUGCCUAUCUUUCAGCCAGGGGAUGCCCGCCCCAUUCAGACUUGUUGGGCACUGAUGGAAAUAGCAGACACAUUCCUGCCACAUUCCUUUAUUCAAGCUGUGAGGCAUCCACAAAGAGGCAUUCAACAAUAAUGUUCAUUGGGCACAGUUCAAGUUUUAAUGAGGUCUUUUUUUGGGGGGGGGUGGGUAAACUAUAUAUAAAGAUUUUUACUGCUUGGGAACCUUUAGGAGGUUUGUCAUGAUUAAUUUUGUUUCUCACAGACUUUUUUCAGUGAGGAAGAAGCUUGCCCUUAGCCCUUCUGCAUGAGUUGGUCCUGGCCCAAGUGUGAUUGAGAAGCAAGGCCCUGAGUCUUCCAGCUAGCAAUUCAUGCCACUGGCUCUGCAUCAAGACUCUCCCCUUGCAAGGUCAUUAAAUAAACACAAAACUCUCUGUGUACCAAGCAAGCAUGGUUGGCAUUGUGUCCAAUCAUCACAAGCAAAAGAGGAUAAGCCACUUUGACCAUUCCUGGGUGAAUAAGUAACUGAGAGGGGCAGAAGUGUCCCUCAGACCUACUGGUAUGUGUGUGUCUCAAUGGUACUUGUUCUGUUGGUUUACUGGUGUUGCCUAAUUGCUAGUUAUAGACUUGUUUGUUUCCCAUCCCAUUGUUUUGAAACACAAUGCGCUUUCCCCCUUGCAAGAAGAUACGGUACAUCAAGUAAUCAGCAAGGCCAGCUCCUAUUUGAUUUAGAGCAGUAGCUUCUAACAAAGAUGGGAGACAGUGCAAAAGCUCACUCCCAAGCAUACUUCCUCCCCACGCGAGGCUCUGAUGAAAUAUAUGAAGUCUCUGGGGCCAUCAGAGAGUACAAAAGAAAAAAAUAAUGAAGCUGCUCUUACCACUUAUCUAGCCUUCCCUCCCUACACACACACACACACACACACACACACACACACACACACACAAUAGACAUGGUGGAUAAUUUUCUUUUAUUUCACCUUAAAAGUUUUUACCCAAAGGGUACUUUGCUCAUCCCUGAUAAGCUACCCCCUAAACUCCUCCCAGCCCUUCAUGGAUAACAGUGUCCACACUCUGGGGCAACUGUGCAGGAAUUUACAGCCUUCCCCCAUGGACAGCUUGGCAGGUGGCAGUAAGAAAGCAUCAUCUGUAAUGUGCAAAUGGUGACUGACAUCAGAGGUGGACACUGAUGAUAAUGCCUUCACAACAUCUGCAGGUGCUUUAGAAGAAAAAUAAAGAAGAAAGAAGGAAGAUUAAAAAGAAAGAAAGAAAAAAGUUGUUUCCCCUCUUCAAAACUAAUUUCCCUGUUCUUAGGGAACCAGAAGGCUAGACCGUCAAUGUUUUAUAAUAUGAGUGUCCAUGCAAUUCUAUAAGUGAACAGUAAGUCCUUUGCAAGCAGUACUUUCAGCACUCUCAGUCACCAUCUCCCCAUCCAGGCUGUCAAGAAAGACAUUUCAGACGGUAGUUCCAGUCUCCAGAUGGGUUCUGCUACAUAUACAGAAAGUUCCUGUUGCUCUCACAUUUCUGAUUGACUCUCAGAUGAACCAAGUCUUCAUUGCUUUGUUCCCAAAAAAAACCUUGUUUUGCUUCAAUGGAAAUAUACAUUAUGUUUAAUUCAACUUCAUUAUUUUCUUACUCUUACACAUCUUUACCAGCCUAGCAUAGGCUCUAGAGCUACAAAAUGUCAUCUUGGAUGCCAGGAAAUUCAGUUUAGCAAAGGGAUGGAUAUACUGAAGUGCUAAACUUAGAACAGCAUGACAGAGCCCAGGCAAAAUGUGGCUGCCAGGUGUGUGAGGGCACAGAACAGAGAGAGCAGAUGGGCCCUUCUUCUGCUGGGGAGUAACAGGCCUCAGGAGAGCUGGGAGCUGGGCCCCUGCUAUAGCCACAGGGAAAGGAAAGUUCAUUUGCUGGAACUGUCCCCAAGAAAGCUUCUUCCAGAGGAACCACUAAUAAAGUCAGUGUAUAGCCCUUAUUCUCUGAAAGAGCCUGGGAUUUGCAUUUGCUACAUCCCCCAGGUCUCCUGUAUGUGUCCCCAGUGGGGACUUAAGUGACCAGUGAGGAGAUGAAGCAUUAUUCCUAAGAGUCUGCCAUUGUCAGCAAACCACUUUCUACAUUCACCUCCUCCAACCUAGAACAUACACACAUCUCGUAGGCAGAAACUCACUCUGCCACACUGUAGCUUUUUAAAUCCUAGUUUUUUUGUAAUUUGAGAUAUUUUACUAUAACAUAAUAAAAAUAGCAACCACUAUUCAAGCCUUUUCUUCUUCAUAUUUCAGCCUGGGUAUCAGUUCUUCCUGUGUUAAAUCUAGUUGCACAUUUCUGUUAAUUUACACCUGUGCUUGCCACAUAUGUCCAGGGCAGUGUGGAGGUGCUGGCAGUGCUUCAGGCCUGAGAGUGGGCAGCUCACCAGAGGAUGGUCAGUUGUAUUUCAAAGCUGCACUGCCCCUGACACCAGUCCCUAAUAGCUAGCUUCCUCCCCUUCAGUUUUUAAGCCCUUCCCCCAGAGUUCAGGUCUAGGACUAGAUUUAGAAGCUAACAUUUGCUCUGGGCACCUUCCUUACAGACAUCUUCUCUGUAAACUCCUGCAAGUCUCUAUAAUUAAUCACAGGUGAAAAUUCUUUAGCCAUUUCAGGAAGUGCAAUGAGAUGGCUCUUCCAAACUCUGAACUUUUUUCAAGUCCAGUUGAUUUCAUGACUAGGAGCUAACACACAGCUUAGGGAUGUAUUGAUGGUUCUUGAUUUUUGAGCUCCAGUCCUCCCCUGUGAAUGCUGAUAAAAGUGAACGGCACAGCUGUAGCAGGCACUGGCUUUUCGAGUGUGGGUUCCAGCUGAUGCCACUGAUUAAAUUUGUCAGGUGCCUCCUGGGCCCAGGGGCUCUUCAGAGACCUCUGGGUUAUUCUGAUGAGCACCAGAGUUUGGGAACCACAGCUGGGGCACGGAGGAGGAUGUACAGGGGGAGAUAGCUUGCAGACUCUACCCAAGUCUUGGGGUACACGGGCAUGAACAAAUGAUGAGGCUUUCACUUGCUAGCCCACAGUGCCCAUCCUUGCUGCCACUACACUCCCUUGGGGAGCUAAAAGGGAACUGGAGGUCCCAAACCAACUAAAUCAGUCUCCUGGUUCCCCACCUGGAUCUCACAGGCAGGUAGAGUUGAACUCCCACGUCCAAGACCACCUUUAAUCACAUGAACCUGUGCGUUUGCUCCUUGUGUGCCAUGCCCCAGGUCAGGGCAUGGUAACUGAGAGAGCCUGGGAUGGUUGGGACUCCCUGAGGCAGCGACAAAACCAUAUGCAAUUCCCAGUGCUGAGACUUGCCCUCCAGUAGCCAUUCCUAAUGCCUCUGUUCUGGGUCAUCUUGAAAGGGGCAUGUCCCCAAAUCUGAGCCUUGAUAAAGGGUUUGCUUCUUCUAAGACAGAUGUUUGUUGGAGAAUCUUCUCCCAGGGAGUGGAGUGGGCUGCUGGCUCUUAGCUGACAGCUGUUGAAAAUACCUUACUGCAAAAAAAGAGAGAGAGAAUGCCCUGCUGCCUACUUUGCAUUUUCCCUUGAUAAGCACAUGUUUUUAUUAUCAUGUAAUUAUAUGUUUAUAUUUCCUUGCAUGGAGCUAUAAAACCUCCCUAAAGAGAAAUUCCCUGCCACUCAGGCAUAUCAGGGUGUUACAUUUUUAUACUAUUCAAGACAUUCAGAGAGGAUUUUUAGAUGCCAAUUUAUUUUUGUAAUUUUUGAGGGCAAGUGUCCUCUUCAUGUAGCAAUGAAUUUUUUGUAUGCUAUAUUUUUAAGGAUACUUGUUUUUCUACAAAAGGAAAUGGUUUACUUUAAAGAAAGACUAUAAUCAAAUCAAACUUUGAAAUCUUUGUGUGAAGAAAUUUAACUGAAGCAAGAAAAAUGUCUCUUCACAUAAGGUACAGUCUCUUUACAGAGCUAAGCUAGGUCAUCCUGAUGAAGAGGAGGGUAAUACUCUUUACAUUUAUAAAUUUAGGAAAAGAAGAAGGCACAUUUAUCUCAGUCUUGGUCUGAGGUAGGUUCAAAUGAGUCUGGAGAUGCAUUUGUGAAAAAGAAUUUGUGUCUGUUCUCACUAGUGGUUGGGUCCCAUUGCAUGCCAUCCUCCUCUCAUCCACAGAUAUGACCCUGUAAAUGAAAGAAAAGCAAAAGCAUAGCACUUUGUUGGUUUGUGUAUACUAAUCUGACUUUGCUGCAAAUCUUUUUAUUUUUAUAUUUACAACUGAUAUGCAUUUACCAAUAUAGACUAGAAAUGUCUGCAAAGCCCCAAUGUUCAACAUGAUUUGAUUACUCAGUGUAUUGGUGACACCCCUCAAUAAGACACCCCUCACCAGACUUUUCCAUAACCAUCCUAGAGAUGGCUUUUUGACAGCUACACAGUGGCUUUUCUGAAAAAUCAGGCUCAACUGCACCCUGAUCCAUUAAUUAUGACCCUCUAGGGGUGAAACCCAGGUAUCUAUACUUUUCAGGGGCCCUAAUAUCAGUCUAGGGAGUAGCCACCAGGGCCUAGACUAUGGCAGAGACCACUGCUGCAGGGACGUCAGGAGUGACUCCCAGGCCUGAGAGCACCAAGCCACAUAAUCUCAACGUCCACUGAGUAUCACAAACCUGGACAGAGACCCCAGGACAGAUACACAAGCACUAUAGAAGAGAGGAUCUAACCAAUAAAUAAAAAGAAAGGAACUGCAAAAGACCACCAUCUCCCCACUUCCUCCAUUAAAGGUAAACCAGUGGCAAAAUAAAGGCAGUGAACAUUCUUGCUGCCUAUGCAAGUGACCCUCCCUUUGACAGCCAAAUGACUUUUAUAGUGAAGGAGGGUAUUGAAUUAUUGGUGACAUCACAUAGAGCAGUGCAGACCUCCAGAGGGUUGCAGAAAUAUUUGGGUAGCUUUUAUAAAAAUCAGAGUUCAAACAAGAGGAUUCUUGCUUUAGGACACUUUUAAGUUUUCCAUAAACUGUAUGUGGUAUAAAAACUGGAGCAGUUGGUGUUCUGUUUUUUCCAUGUCUUGUACAACAGUUAAGUGCUCUGGGGCUGCAAGUUCAUGCUUCCUGAAUUGCCAACAGAAAUGCUAAGAAUCCCCACCCCGUGGCCUGGUAUAUAAGACAACGGGAGUUUUAGGUGCAAUUACUUCUUUGGAAAAAAAAAAAGUGGGGGAGGUUCUGCUAGCUUAACUUUGGCUACAAAAUCAUCUUGAUCUAUAAUGUAAUCCCUUGGAAAUUAAGAGAUCCUGUGGAUCUGGCUUGAUGUUAGAUGUUUGAGGUGAAAAUAAAACUGAAUAAACACAGCAAAGCUUUAUUUUGAAACAAGCAAGCAGCAGCUUCUGUCUUUAGAGUGUUUUAACAUUGUAAAGUUUUGCUAUGAUGAAAGCAACCUUUGAACAUGGGAGAAAGCAAGAUUCUCUUUUACAGGGUUUAUACUGUUGAUCAGAACACAACUGUGUGUUGAGUGUUUAAAAAUGAGAUGUGUAACUCGUUCUUUCCUCAUAGGGACCUUAUGAUAAUAAUAUUGGAUUCUUUGUUAACUGCGCAGUGUUGUAUUAUUAAACAGUAGCUGUUAUUUUCUAA